AUUAACCUUCGUGUUCCUGUUUCACUGAAACGCAACAGACAGAAGAGGCGAGAAAAUGGAGUCGAACUCAAAGUCUUCCAAAGCGUAUCGCGCUCACGAUCUUUUUCCUGCUUUGAAACCUUCUUAUCUGUCUCUCAGUUUAGUCUUUGUGUGUAUAAUCCUUCUGUUGAGGAACGAAUCUACAAACGAUCGUUUGCUAGCGUUGGAAAAACAGAUGAAGGUUUUGUCAACAACACAAAGCUGUGCUGAGACUGGCUCCGAUGCAAAUCGCAACGAAAUGUCCGUCAAGCCGCAACUGGAUUCUGAUCAGAUGUUUGCCAGGAGGAUCAAGACUCCUGUUGCGAAGAAGCUUGAUUAUCCCUCAGGUAAAAGUCAACAAAACCGACCGGACACACCUAUCAUGGUAAGCAGAAAUCGCAGGAAAGCUCCUGCAAGUUUACCUAAUGUCAUCACAAUUGAUGACGUACGCAGAGAGAUCACCAAGCACUUAGAACAGCUCAUUCCUACAAAGUAUUGCAAGUCGACCGAAAAAGUCUGCCCUUCGGGUCCCCCCGGAAGCCCUGGCGUUAAAGGUGUAAAAGGAUCUCGUGGUAGGAGGGGACCACGAGGAAAACAGGGACGACAGGGUAUUAUGGGUCCACCAGGUAGGCAUGGAAAGCCAGGAAUGGCUGGACCUGUUGGACCGAGAGGGGCAAAAGGAGACCAGGGCGAGCCAGGCUCGAUAGGCAUACCAGGACCACCAGGUAGUCCUGGAGAGUCAAUAUCUGCCCCACAAGUCACGAUAUCACCUGCUGAACAGACUCAAGAUGAAGGAAAGGAUGUGAAGUUUUAUUGCUCGAUUAGUGGGAAUCCACCUCCCAGAUCUGAAUGGAAGUUUAGGGGCAGGAAGCUUAUUUCAGGCUCUAAACAUGUGGUCAACGAUGGAGCAUUGACCAUUAAACGUUUGAACUACAGUGAUGCUGGACGGUAUUCUUGUGCUGCGACUAAUAUCCUUGGAUCGCAUGAAGGGUCAGGAAAUUUAACUGUUCGAGGUCUUCCUAUUCUGAUCUCUCCACCACCGUCUGUCAUCACGCCAAAAGAGUAUUCCACUUUGAACGAGACAUGUCAAGCUAAAGGGUUUCCACGUCCCUCCAUAAACUGGACCAGGCUAGGAAUGGCCUUCCCUGCAGGGAAGACUACAAUCAGUGGAGGCAGCCUAACUAUAAAUAACUUGAGUCCUGCCGACGGUGGAGUGUACGAAUGUAGAGCGACAAACAGCAUGGGUACAACGAAAACAAAGAUGAACGUGGCAGUGCAACGACAACCGAUGCUUAAAGAUUGUGACUGUUGGCGAACUCGUAACCCUCAAAGUGCUAGUGGAAAUUGGGGAUACUCUUCCAUCGGAUCUUCCACCUCUCCAGGAAAUGUUGACGCUAUCGAUUUCCAAACGAGUGGUGAUGUUCUUCUGAAAGGAUAUCGACUUUGGGGAGUCAACAGCGGUUCAACUACUUUCCAGGUCACCAUUCGAUUGUAUCAGGAAGGUAUCUUGAUUGGCGAGAGGACUGGGUCCUACUUCACCAGAGCCUCUGACAGGACAUUCAAAGUGUAUUUUUUACAGGGAAUUUCUAUUCGAGCAGGUCUUAGUUACACUGCAACAGCUAAGAUAGUAACAAAUAAACUAACUUAUUAUCUCGAGAAUGGUAUGUCAAGUACGUCAUGUUCUAAGGUUACAGUUACCUUUAAAAAAUCUUCAAAAGACUCCAACUCAUCUAGUGUAUCUAGAGGCCAAAUACCGGCUCUAAUUUUCCGUUCCCUGCAAUGUCAAAAAUAGAAUCACUACUAAUCGAAAUUUAUGAAUAAGAUGGAAGUCUGAUCUAAUUAAAUAAAGAGAAGAAGCCUAAAUAAGGUAAAUAGAGGAAGCCUAAUCUGAGACGUGACCCGUUUACAACAAUUGAAUUUUGUAGCCUGUUGGUCGUUUUCCUUAUGAAGUCAUACGUAAGAUUGUUAGGUUAGUAAAACGCGAUUAUUACAUAUUGGAUCAUAACUUGAGAAAUCUAUGGGCUCAAGAACGAAAAAAGGAAAAACCUUAUUUUAAUUUUCCAAGAGAAUUCCAGUUGUCGUGCCUUACGUCAGUUGUAAUGUUCAAUGAGAUCGUCUGAGUGAGGAUAUCAGCCAUUACCGACAACCGUCCUUCUCAAGCUCUUCCUCCGCUCAGAGAGUUACGCAAGGCAAACAAAUAUUAUGUUUCUCAUCAACUUUCUCUUUACAAGAUGCAACUGGCCUUAAUAUCUGAACCCGAAAAGUUUAGAUAAAAAGACAUCUUAUUUCUUUCUUUAAUAGUAAUUUCAAUAAGUACCUGUUACAGUAGUCAAUCUUGAAAUAACUUAUGUAUUUCUUAAUUACGUUAUGAGUAAAACUUUUUAUAAUCUUUCAAUAUGGUCAACUAGCUAAGGCAAAAAUAUGGGCAACUAACUGUGGUAUUAUUACUGUGAGUCAGUAAUGUUCGUUGUGGAGGACAAUGUAUAGUAUUCGGUAGUAAAACUGUUAAGAAAACAUGCUGUAAUGUAAGUUUUAUGAUGUAAUGUUAUUAGCUAUGAUUUAGACUGAUUUU